CAAUAUUUCCAUUCUCUUAUUAAUGACUUAACAUUUAGGAACAUACCUGUUAUUCUGCGGUUAGUUCCCACUUCCAAGUCUUUGACUUCCGCAGGAGUCCAAGCAGGCAGAACACUUAAACAAAAAAAAAAUGCUAACACGGGUAGCUAACGCUUUGAAUGAAAGAGACAGCUCAUAACGAUUGGUUUUACAGUUAUAAGUUAUAAGGGAUUUGAUUUGCUUCUGUUUGUUCAAAUGGAAAUACGUACAAAUGAACGGACUGGCAGACAUCGAGGUGGACUAUAAGCGCAAAUAUAAAAACCUUAAACGAAAGUUAAAAUUUCUUGUUUAUGAGCAAGAGUGUUUCCAGGAGGAGCUUCGGAGGUCACAGAGGAAGUUACUCAAGGUCUCCAGGGACAAGAGCUUCCUCCUGGACAGACUGCUGCAAUAUGAGAGGGUAGACGAGGACUCCUCAGAUUCGGAUGCUACGGCUUCUUCAGAAAACAGUGACACAGAAGGCUUCAGGGAAAGAGAACGGGAGCGAGACGCAGGGAAAAAGCGCAGGAGUAGUCCCGGAGCCAGCCUCCCUCCUUCCUCCUCGGCACACCUCUCCCUGCUCUCCCGCCCUGGGGUAGCUUCCCUUCAGUCCUCCGGCUCCGGGGAUUACCUCAACACGAUGCCCUUCCCACCAGAGUAUCUGGCCCCGCCGGCCGAGCGUGUGAAGAAAGAGAGAAAGAUUCAGACGCCUAAAAACAAGAAGGACACACCUGGGAAGGUAGUUGCACCACUGACGGCUAAUUACCAAUCGGCCCCUGCGGGCCCCCCCGCGGGCAGCGGCCCCUUCAGCUGGGUCCCCCGACAGAUGCUGAGCGGCGACGCCGCGGAGGAGGAGGGGGACAGCGACCUGGACAGCGACCGGGGGGACGAGGACCGGGGGGAGGGGGACGAGGCUGAACUAGUCAUUGAUAUCCCCAAUGAGUGAUGAGGAGAUGCUGCUGGUUGUUUUUGUAUUUUAUACUUGUAUGCAUGGUGUGGGUGUGUUUCUGUGUGCUGGUCGGCCUUGGUUUGCAAAACGCAAUGUAAUUAUGUAUGGUUGAAUACCGCAACUCCCUGCUUAGAAUCUCAAAGGAGGAGCCAAGCACCCCCCUGUGGAGGGUUGGCCUUACUGCAGUCUCACUGCCAAAACAAUGCGUCUCGCACACAACUCUGAUAUGUUAUGCUAUUAUUAGCUGUCCGUUAAUGAAGAUAAUACAAAGAACACAGGAUAUUGAUCUCCCUCGAGAGUCAUAGCUUUGCUUUCUUUGAUCGUUCCCUCACUAAUUAUGUUUCCAUUAUUAAUAAUAUUUGUUUACGUUCUGUUUAAAUCGGGCCAUUGUUCAACUGAUGUUUUUUCAUAAUUUUAGAUUAAAAUGGUGAAAUUAAA